UAAACCCACUGUUGUGAAGUAAUAUUUUACUUUUUUAGAUACUUUGAUUUAGUAAAUAUAUUUUAUCCAUCUUUCAAUUACAUAUUUAAUUAACCCUAGAGUAAAGCAUUCAUAUACUCUCAUUUUACUCUAUUCAUUAUACAAGGGGAGGUUAUAGUUCCACCUUUUUAAUAGCUUUCCUGAAUUAUAGUACACACAAUAUAAGCGUUUGUAUUUUGCUGUACUUUUUUUAAAAAAAAAAUUGAGGUCACAUUUUUAAAUGUAAAAAAUAGAGUUUAUUAUCAUGGAUCAAGAAAAGAUGUAGGUAUUAUAAUUAUUACAAGAAUAUAGAAAGAGGAAAAACAUCACAGAUAUAUGUUUAAAGACAUUUAUUCUCUGAGUAUGUUACAAGUCACACUAUAGUAAGCAAAUUUAUGUAGAAGACUGAUUAUUUCUCACCUUAAGGAAAAAUAUUUUAAAUUAUCCUUUAUUUUCUCAUGAUAUCCAAAUCCUGUGCUGUAAAUUAAAUCUCAAAGGAUAUUUGGCCUAUUGGCAUCAAAUUAAUAAAAAUUUGCUGGAUUAAUGUUUUUCAAUUUAUUUGAACCCUAGGAAAUCCAAAGUUUAGAUACAAAUUUGAGUUCAACCAAGAAUAAUAUCUUUCAAUAUAUUUGAAGCCUAGAAAAUCCAAAAUUUAAUAAAAAAUUAAAUUACUAAUUUGAUGGCAAAUGUGGGUAAAUAUCUUCUGCCUAAUUAAAUCAGUAUACAGAGCAAUUUGAAAUCCUCCCUAAUAAUAUAUAUACAUAUUGGCACCUUCAAGAAAUGAUUGGGAAUGAAUACCAAUGAAGAGUUUAGGAAAGUUCUAUUUGAAUAAAAAAUAUUACCCGUGUUAUAAUCAAAUAUUUAAAAGAAAAUUUAACUACACGGUGUUUGAUUUUAACAAACUCAAUGUAAAAACAAAUAAGGCACUUGGAUUGUUUGGCAUAUCAGAGCUAAAUAACCCCGAUGGGUUUCUAAUAUUGGAAAAAAGAGCAUUAAAUAAGUGUGAUGAUGUAUUAGAUCAAAUUUUAUCUAACAACCACAAGAAAAAGUUAAUAGCCCUAUUUGAUGACCUGUCAGAUACAUUAUGCCAAGUUGCCGAUUUAGCCGAAUUUAUUCGUACUUGCCACCCUCAAAAUUCUUAUUCACAGGCUGCCCUUAAAACAUAUCUUAAUGUUAGCAAUUAUGUUGAAAAAUUAAAUACAAAUGUGACCCUUUAUAAAACUUUAAAAAAUGUAGUUGAUAAUAAUGAUGCAGCUUUUCCCAUGGAUGAUGUAGAUUUUACCACUGGUAAAUUAUUUUUAUUUGAUUUUGAACAAAGUGGCAUACACCUGAGUGAUGAUAAAAGGCGACGUUUUGUUAAAUUAUAUGAAAAGCAAAUCAUAUCAAAUAAUAAAGUGAUGGAAGCUUUUAAUGAGCCUGUGAUAGUUAAAAAUUGUUCUAAAGAAUUAAACGAUUAUGUUGAAUCAUGUGAUAAUGGUUUUAUGGUACCCUGUAAUUAUAUGCAUAUACACAAUGAUAAAAAUCGUGAACAAAUGUAUAAACUCUAUAAUCAUCAAAACAUACACAAAGAGGAUCUUUUGAAAAAUAUGUUGAAUGUGCGCCAUGAUUUAGCCCAAGUUUCUGGAUUUAAUUCUUAUGCAGAUAAAAUGAUUCAUAACACCUUAGCAGGCUCUUUAAAUUGCUUAAAUCAUUUUUUUGAAUAUUUCAAUGAUAAAUUACUGCCAUUUUUAGGCACAGAUAAAACGAAAUUGUUGAAGAUGAAAAAUUUAAAUGAUAUAAUAAACCCGUAUGAUGGUUCAUAUUUAAUAAUGCAAUCAAAAAAAAAUAUCCUUCAGUAUAAUUAUGAGCUAUCCAAUUAUUUAUCACUUAGCAAUGUCUUGGAGGGUCUAAAUGAAAUAAUUGAUUCAUUGUUCGGCUUAAAGAUGUGUUUAGAGCAUUACCAAGACACCGAGAGCUUGUGGGCCUCAAAUAUAUUAAAACUGGGCUUUUAUCCUAAUAAAGGUGCAAACCCUUCCGCUCUAGGUUAUGUAUACUUGGAUCUAUUCGCUAGAAAUAAUAAACCCUCCUUGGAUUGUCAUUUUACUGUCAGAGGAGGUAGAAAUAUCGGGAACGAAAGUGAUGGCCAUGAACAUUACCAAUCACCCAUCAUAGUAAUAUCCUUAAAUUUAAAUUACUUGCCCAACAUUAAUGAUUGUUAUCUAACUCCUUCGUCACUUGAAAACCUAUUUCACGAAAUGGGACACGCCUUUCAUUCCAUAUUAGGUCGAACUCGGUAUCAGCAUGUCACGGGCACUAGAUGCUCCACAGAUUUCGCGGAAAUACCUUCAAAUUUGAUGGAAAUAAUGGCCAGCGAUUUUCGAGUCCUUAAAAAAAUUGGCAGGCACAAGACCGAUCGCAGCUCUCCUCCUGACGAUUUAUUGAAAGCUUAUCUAGAUCACAAAAACCACUUUCUUGCCCUAGAAAACCAAUCCCAACUCUAUUAUUCCACUUUAGACAUAGCCCUACACUCUAAUUCGUACUCCUACGAUCGAUCAUUGCAAGAACAAAUUAUUAACGAUGUUCAACUGAAAUUUGACCCUUAUGCCUCAGUCCCUGGGGUGUCUCCCUAUCUCAAAUUUCAUCAUUUAGUUGGGUACGGAGCCAAAUAUUAUUCUUAUUUAAUAGCUAGAGGGGUGGCUAUAGAUAUUUGGUCCAGAUAUUUUGAACAAGAACCGUAUGGUAGUCUAGCCGGGCAAAAAUUUAAUACCUUAAUACAACAUGGGGGCGAAAAGGAUCCAUCUUCUAUAGUGAAAGAAGUGCUUGAAUUAGAGGCCCCUUUAAAUAUUAACACAUUUGCCGACUCUAUUAUCAAAGAUAUCGAAAGGAGAUAUGAAUCAUAAUUUUUUUUAUUAACUGUACAAUAUUUAAUGCAAAUUUCGAUUUUUUAUAAAAAUUUCUAUUAUACACAAGAAUUUAUAAUAAAUAUCA